AUGCUGAUUGUCACUAUCAGACAAUCAAAAGCGAAGCGCUCGCCGAUACCGAUGGACUCCGGGUACCCGAAUGUACAGCAGAAGGAGGAGCAGCCCAUGCCCAGAAACGACGAGUUCCAGAGCCUGGUGGGUGCUCUUUUAUACAUCGCGGUCAACACGAGACCGGACAUCGCCAUAAGCGCCUCAAUUCUGGGCCGCAAGGUGAGUCGACCAACGGAAGCAGACUGGACCGAAGCAAAACGGACGCUCCGGAAUCUCCAGUCAACAGUGGAUUGGAGCCUACGUCUGGGUUCAUCCGGACCGCUGGAAGCAUACGUCGAUGCAGACUGGGCUGGUGACAAGACAGACCGGAAAUCAAACACCGGUUUCGUCUUCUGUCUUGGAGGACCAAUCAGUUGGGCAGCCCGAAAACAACCAUGCGUAACUCUUUCGUCUACCGAAGCGGAGUACGAGGCGCUUUCCGAAGCCAACCGCGAGCUGAUGUGGCUGAUGAAGCUACUGAAGGACGUCGGAGAACCAAUUCUGGCUCCUGUAGUUGUACACGAAGACAACCAAAGCUGUAUUGCGAUGCUGAAAUCUGCCGGCGGUAACAACCGAACAAAGCACAUCGACACUCGCUAUAAUUUUGUGAAGGAGUUUGUUGGGCGGUAA